GCCAUGAUAAAAACCGGUCUCUCAGAAAAUUAGAACAUGCGCAGAUCCGCUAUUAGGAGAUUUGAGACAGAGAACCCAAAAAAAAAACAUCCACUUCGCAAAAAAUCAGAAAAUAAUAAAGCACCCCUUUGUUCUUGCCUAGGAUUUCGGACCACCUUUUUCUCUGGGAACCCAUUGUGGAACACAUUCGACCCGCAAUCCCAACCGACGUAUCUGUUUCUCUUUGUGAUUUUUAUUUUCCCGCAAAGUUAAAUCGUACUCAACAUUUGAUUUGGUUUGGUUUCGAGGAAAAGUGAAUCAAAUCUGAUUAUAUACAGCGUACAUUUUUAGUUUUAGACAACGUUUGUGCCGGCCGGCCAUGUCGACCGGUGGCCCGAACAGCUCAACCAACAGUAGCCCAAGACAACCGCUCGCGCUGCCCACGAAGACCAGACGACGGGUCGCCGACGGCCUCAUGGACGCCGAGCGACUCCCCACGAGUAGUGUCGUCAACCCAGACAACAACAACAACGUUGUCUACGACGGCGGCGCAGGCGGCGACGAUGAGGAAAACGACAUUACCCCCAACGGUAUCAUUUUUGGGCCCUUCCACCACCUCAACGACCACAACCAUUAUUCGCCCCACCCCGUGAUGAAGUAUCUCCUGCUUCGGAAGCGGGCCUUCUUCUGCGUCCCCGACACGUGGCUUCCUCUGAUUGAGGAUGGGUUUUUAUGGACGGUCGCGAUGCUGCAGACGCUGAGAUCGGGGCGGAACAUGGGCCGUAAGAUAUUCGGGGCUCUGUUGUUGAUGGCGGUUAUCUCCGUGUUCAUCAAGUUCUCUCUUUUGAGCCACCAUGUGGAGGUGGUCGGCGAAGCGAAGAGAACAGAGGGCCGGCUUUUGAUUUUGACGUCGUACAAGGACGACUGGGCCGCCGCUCAGCAAGCCGUCACUGAGAAUCAGGCCUUUAAUUCCAUGCCCCAACGUGUUUUAGAGAGGGAGAGGUUGUCUGAAAGUGAACCCUCCACCAUGUUCAAACGCCUCCUCGAGCGGUUGCCGACCCCAGAAAUUUGGAGGAAACCCAACAGCGACAAUUUUGAUAAAUGCAUAGCUCGACCCAGGAAUCGGAUAAGAACAGGAUCGAAAACAAAUGGUUAUCUGCUGGUUCAUGCCAAUGGAGGAUUGAAUCAAAUGAGAACAGGGAUUUGUGAUAUGGUAGCCGUUGCAAAGAUAAUGAAUGCUACCCUGGUUCUGCCUUUGCUGGACCACCAGUCUUUUUGGACAGAUCCAAGUGAUUUUAAAGAUAUCUUUGACUGGAGACACUUCAUGAAAGUACUAAAAGAUGAUAUUGAUAUAGUGGAGUAUUUACCAACCCGCUAUGCUGCUCUGAAGCCUCUUCAGAAAGCUCCCAUCUCCUGGUCGAAGGCUAGUUAUUACAGAAGCGAGAUGAUCCCAUUGUUGAAAAAGCAUAAAGUUCUAAAGUUUACCCACACCGAUUCCCGGCUUGCCAACAAUGGACUUGCAUCCUCGAUCCAAAGGCUGAGGUGCCGUGCCAAUUACGAGGCUCUCCAGUAUGCAAAAGAGAUUGAGGAUCUUGGCGGAGUUUUGGUUGAUAGACUAAGGAAGAAUAGCAAUCCAUUUAUUGCUCUUCAUUUAAGAUAUGAAAAGGACAUGCUUUCUUUCACCGGCUGCAGCCACAACCUCACUGCAGAGGAAUCUGAGGAACUUCGGGUUAUGAGGUACAGUGUUAAACACUGGAAGGAGAAAGAGAUAGAUAGUGAAGAACGAAGGCAACAAGGUGGAUGCCCAUUUUCACCAAGAGAGGCAGCCCUGUUCCUUAAAGCCAUGGGAUACCCUUCAACAACUACAAUCUACAUUGUUGCUGGCGAGAUAUAUGGAGGAAAUAGCAUGGCUGCUUUUCGCUCCGAGUAUCCUAAUGUCUUUUCCCAUUCUACUCUUGCAACAGAAGAAGAGUUAGAGCCCUUUAAGCCAUAUCAAAAUCGCCUUGCAGCCUUGGAUUAUAUUGUAGCACUAGAGAGUGAUGUCUUUGUUUACACAUAUGAUGGAAAUAUGGCUAAGGCAGUGCAAGGACAUAGGAGAUUUGAAGGAUUUCGUAAGAGUAUCAACCCUGACAGACAAAAUUUUGUUAAACUGGUCGAUCAGUUGGAUAAGGGUGCUAUACUGUGGGAAAAGUUUUCUUCGGAGGUUAAAAGUCUGCAUUCUGACAGGCUUGGAGCACCAUAUGUUAGACAAGUGGGAGAGUCACCAAGGUUGGAGGAGAAUUUUUACGCAAAUCCGUUUCCUGGUUGCAUCUGUAACAAGUCAGAGGAGCAAAUUGCUAGGCAGAAGUUAGAUGAGAGACGGAGCGUAAGUGUUUCAUCUCAAAGAUAGUAUUGGGGAGAAAAUAUGUGGCUCCUGCUGUUGUGAAAUACACAAUACCACUGCUCAAGUGGCAGCUGAUAAUGGGGCUUUGAAAUGAAGUGCUUUUUCACUGGGUUUCAGAAACUCUACUUGCUUACAGGGUCGAGAAGUUUUUAAGGUUUCCCUUGUGAUUUGCAAUGCAAGUUUCGGUUAUGUUGUACCUACUACAAGUGAGGAGGGACUUCGCAGGUGAUUCAAGAAGGCAUUGAAGAAAGCAGAGAAGGUCGAGCUCGCGUAUAGUUUUAGGAUAAAA